CGCAAAAACAGACGUUUGCCGGCGGUAGGCAUCAAUUUACUUGGUGUAUUGACUGUAAUUUAUAUUCUUUGACUCUGUUUUAUAACACUUAAAUUAAAACAAAUUACAGUGUGCAGUGUAUUUUACUAUGAGUAACAGAAAAGAAAGCAUUAAAAAAUCACUAGGACUUACUGAAUAUCCCUGGAGUUCUGAUGAUGAAGAGACUCUACCUCCUUGUCAGAUUGCAACAAUUAGACCACCUGAAGUUAUUGAGCCUAGAAGUACAACAACACUUGGGACCAGUGGGGCUGGUGUAAUCCCUUCUUUUAUCCCUGUAAGAAGAAACCAGGCAAGGUUGGAGCGGGAAGUCUUUUGGUCUUUGCUAAACAAUCGUAGGACUAUGAUACCAACAGAAUCCUCAAGACCCAGCACAAGCAGCACAAGUACUUGUGAGAAUCCACGACCGACUGAGUCCAUUGACCUCAAUAGUCCAGUUUCCAACUUGCAACGAAUCUUUGCCAUCAAAAGACUAACGCGUACUCUUAAUCCAAAUCGUUGCCCCAGAGGCAACUACCUGAACGCAUCCACGAUAUCUCCUUUUUCACCAGGUGUAUUGUCUCCGAGGGUGACAGGUCGCUUGAGAAGGAGGAUCCGACCGCCCGCAGACAGGAACAGUGUACCAGCCGUUAUGGAUGAAGAAAAUCCUCCAAUACAGGACGAGGGAGACGAGUCACCUGAGAUUCCUUUGAUGCAAACCAUUCAAGAUAACAAUGACAAUUCGGGUGAACAAGAAAAUAGUCCUUCGAACACAACAGCUGUUGGUAUUCCUGAGGUCGAGGAGAUAGUGGAUAUAGACGCGGAGGCAGAAGCUAACUCGCAGGAGGGGACUGGUGAUGACAACCAAGAACAGGCCAGUGAUGACGAAGAACAAAAUGAUGCGAUAGAUUCGCCUCCUAUCGCCGUGCCGGACGAACAACAAGCGUCAAGAGUUGUAAAGAGGAAGAGAGACAAUGACGAAAUAGAGCCGACUACUGUCAAGGAAUUUAACCAGAACCUCCUCCGCCUGCUGGAGUGUCCAGUGUGCCUGGAGUGGAUGGAGCCGCCCAUGUGUCAAUGCCGGCGCGGGCACCUGGUGUGCGGGCGGUGCCGGGCACGUCUCGCCGCCUGCCCCGUCUGCAGGACCACCUUCUCAUCAGUCCGCAACCGGGCCAUGGAAGCUGUGACGGAACUGCUCCGCUACCCGUGUCGCUACGGCUGCGGUCGUGAGACUCGCCUCCGUCGCCGCGGGGUGCACGAGGCGAGCUGUGCCGCGCGCCGCUACCGCUGCCCCGCGCCGCCCUGCGCCGACCGCCCGCCGCUGGCGCUCACUGACCUACCGCAACACUUCCAAACCAAACACCUGUCGAUGCUGAAGGUGGGUCGCAAGCACAAGUUCUCUAUGAAGGUGAACACGGAACAGCAUGACCACUGGCUGGUGAUGGCGGUGAGGGAACUGUUCCACCUGAGGGUUGACGUGGACAUACGCACCUGGGGAGUGGACGUUUAUGUUGCCUAUAUUGGGCCCAAGUGCAAUGCUGCCAAAUAUACGUAUGAGGUUACCGUGCUAGGUCAACACAACGAUAGAAAGUUAGUGUACACACGGGCGACUCACAGCGACCUGGAGAGCUCGUCGCUGAACGUGAGUCGUCAGGACUGCUUCCAUUUGACUCUGGAUCAGGCUUUGAACUUCCUCCGUUUCAAGAACCGUCACUGCGAACCGGACAAGUUCUUAGACUUCGUGGUCGAAAUCAACAAAAGCGAGGCCGCCGUGGAAAAUGUUCGGGUGGAAUCGGAUUCCUGAUCGGAGUGUAUCGUGUACGUGAGCGAAGGCCGCGUCGUACGCUACGAGACCUAUGGCAUACCCUCAGGACCCACUGGGCAGUGAGGAGUCGGUCGUGCUGCUGAGGAACGGUGGAGAUAUUGACUUUGAUGGACAACUGUAGUGAUUAUUGUUAAGUGCUUGUAGCCGUGAAGUAUCCUGAAGUGAAAAGAAUUGAGAGAGAAAUAUGUACGUAUGAGAAAGCGCGUAGUGUGUUACCAGAGAUUAAUCUGGGUUGAAUUUAAAUCUCGUAAAAGAGCUACGUUCAUUUCUACGUUCGUUACUAGCUACGUUCAACGUUCAUAUAUUAAUUCAAAUUAUUUGUCAGUAUGGUCGCGAGCUUAGUGUUCCAAUAAAAUAUUCGCCGUAGUAUAAUUUGUUUGCGUAUUCAUCGUAUGUAGGAACUGGGAACGUCACGAUCAUGUUAUUUUAAAGGUUGUGUCUAGGAAUUCAUAUAAGAGUCUGAAAAUGAUGGAAAAACAUAAGUCUAGGAACUUAAUGGAACUUAGUAUCGUAAGUGAGAACCACUGAUAUAAUAGUUAUUAUCUUUAUAUCACCCAAAGAAGAAAUACAAUAAGGAAAUAGAUAUAAGGUGUAUACUUUUCUGGUAUUUAAGUGCAUAGUCUUUAUUUAUAUUAAUUCAUAACCUCAAUAUUUUUGUUCCAAAUAUUAAUUAUGUACAUAUUAAAAAAUUGUAUGUUUAUUUAAAUUAUCUUUUACCUUAUGUUUUCAGUUUUCAAAUAUUUUUACCAACGGAUUCAGUUUAUAUUAAAUACUUACUUCGUUAUAGUUUUACGUCAUCUAAAAUUGUGAGAAAAUUUAUUAUACCCGUAGUUAUAUUGAAAUACAUUAAUAAAAUAUAACAUUUUAGCUUUUAAUGAUUCUAUAUAAUAAAUCACAAAUCACAUGUUGUAUUAAAAACAUGUGAUCACAAUGAUAAACACUAAAAUUAACAAACUUAACUACUUUAUAAUAUAUAAGUAAUUUAGUUUGAUGUUAAUUCCAGUGUAGAGAAUUUGAGUCCUGUCUGAUAUGAAUGUUAUAGUGACAGAACCUUCACUCAUAUAAGUGUGCCGCAACUCUACCUUGUAAUUAUGCUUAACUCGUUUAAUAUUAUAAGCAAAAUCAAAUGUGCUCUUCAACUCUCAAAGAGAUACAUUAGCUGUCUACAAUGUGGUUUACAGUGAAACAUACAAAAUACAUAUACUCACAGAAUAAUUUUAUUUAUAAUGGUAGAUUUAAGUGCAUUUUUCUCAUAUAUAAUGUCAUAUAAACAUUCAUGCAUCUUAUAUAUCUACAUCAUAUAUCCCAUACACGUAGCGAGUUGUGUGUAGUUAUAUAUAGGUACCGUAUAAUUAUGAAUUGUUAUUGUCUAAUGUGGCUAUAUUUUUGGCAUUAUAAGACUGAUGGCACACAAUUUUUUAAAAUACAUAUUUUAUAUAUAUCUUUGUAUGGUCUUAUAAAUAUUGGUAUGUGAAAUGCUAUAUUAUACUGAUAUUUAGGGAGUUUCUUAUAUGAAACAUGAUGAGUGAUUAGAUGGGCUCAUCAGGUUUAUUGACAAAUCAGAUUUGGUUGAAGUUGAGAAUCAAAAAAAGCAUGGUGAAUUGGAGAACGUAAUUAGUGUUGUAAUCAAUAGUUUAACGCAUUAGAUGGACUUGUAUCUCAUAUUAAUGUUUGGUAUCGAUUCAUUUAUAGACAUUGUAGUCAUAUAUGUACGUGUAGUGUUUGUAAUCCUUUUAUAUGUCAUAUGUAACCUAUAAUGUAGUGGACUUAGAUUUAAUAUUCAAAAUUUUCUGUCCAACUGUUUUAUAUGUUGCUUAAAAUAUUUUGAUGUCUGUGAUGUUUUGUUUAGCUAUAUAUGCACUUGCGACUUUUACCGGCCGUUAUAUUUGUUUUUGUUUAAGUUUUCUGUUAGUCUAAGCUUUCAAUUUUGUAUCAAUUAAAGAGGUAUUAAUUUAAAA